GCGGUUACAAUGAGCUUCUCCAUCGGUCCGACACAGUGCCAGCGUCAGUACCGACCUCCGAGCAGCACAUACAGCGACACACACCCUGAGCCGCUCCAGGUCCGCCCGCAGCAGGAUGCCCGGGGGAAAGAGAGGGCUGGUGGCACCGCAGAACACUUUCCUGGAGAACAUCGUCCGGCGAUCAAGUGAGACCAGCUUCCUCCUGGGAAACGCGCAGAUCGUGGAGUGGCCCGUAGUUUACAGCAAUGACGGAUUCUGCAAGCUGUCUGGCUUCCACAGGGCUGAAGUCAUGCAGAAGAGCAGCACAUGCAGUUUUAUGUACGGAGAGCUGACGGACAAGAAGUCCAUCGACGAAGUCCGACAGACGUUCGACAACUAUGAGUCCAACUGCUUUGAGAUCCUGCUGUACAGAAAGAAUAGAAGUCCGGUUUGGUUCUACAUGCAAGUGGCUCCCAUCAGGAACGAGAACGACAAAGUGGUUCUGUUCCUCUGCACCUUUAAAGACAUCACUCUCUCCAAGCAGCCCAUUGAAGACGAAACCACUAAAGGAUGGACCAAGUUUGCGCGGCUGACCCGGGCGCUCACCAACAACCGCAACACGCUGCCGAAGCCCCCGCCCAUAGACCAUCAUGAAGUCAGCCACAAACCGUCCAGACUGGCGGAGGUUUUGCAGCUCAACUCGGACAUCCUCCCGCAGUACAAGCAGGAAGCCCCCAAGACGCCCCCCCACAUCAUCCUCCACUACUGCACCUUCAAGACCACCUGGGACUGGGUCAUCCUCAUCCUCACCUUCUACACGGCCAUCAUGGUGCCCUACAACGUGUCCUUCAAGACCAAGCAGAACAACAUUGUGUGGCUGGUGCUGGACAGCGUGGUGGACGUCAUCUUCCUGGUGGACAUCGUCCUCAACUUCCACACCACCUUCGUGGGGCCGGGCGGCGAGGUCAUCUCCGACCCCAAGCUCAUCCGCAUGAACUACCUGAAGACCUGGUUCGUCAUCGACCUGCUGUCCUGCCUGCCGUACGACAUCAUCAACGCUUUCGAGAACGUGGAUGAGGGCAUCAGCAGUCUGUUCAGCUCCCUGAAGGUGGUCCGCCUGCUGCGUCUGGGCCGUGUUGCUCGUAAACUGGACCACUACCUGGAGUACGGAGCUGCUGUUCUGGUGCUGCUGGUGUGUGUGUUCGGACUGGUGGCUCACUGGCUCGCCUGCAUCUGGUACAGCAUCGGAGACUACGAGGUCAUCGACGAGGCCACCAACACCAUCAAGAUGGACAGCUGGCUGUACCAGCUGGCUCUCAGCAUCGGAUCGCCUUACCGCUACAACGCCAGCGGUUCUGGCCAAUGGGAGGGCGGCCCGGGCAAAGACUCUCUGUACAUCACCUCUCUGUACUUCACCAUGACCAGCCUGACCACCAUCGGGUUCGGAAACAUCGCCCCCACCACGGACGGGGAGAAGAUCUUCUCCGUGGCCAUGAUGAUGGUGGGAUCUCUGCUCUAUGCCACCAUCUUUGGAAACGUGACCACCAUCUUCCAGCAGAUGUACGCCAACACCAACCGCUACCACGAGAUGCUCAACAACGUCAGGGACUUCCUGAAGCUCUACCAGGUCCCCACGGGCCUCAGCGAGCGGGUCAUGGACUACAUCGUCUCCACCUGGUCCAUGUCCAAGGGCAUCGACACGGAGAAGGUGUUAUCGAUCUGUCCUAAGGACAUGCGGGCUGACAUCUGUGUCCACCUCAACAGGAAGGUGUUCAAUGAACAUCCAGCGUUCCGGCUGGCCAGCGACGGCUGCCUGCGCUCGCUGGCGGUGGAGUUUCAGACCACACACUGCGCCCCGGGGGAUCUGAUCUUCCACGCCGGGGAAAGCGUGGACACCCUGUGCUUCGUCGUGUCGGGGUCACUGGAGGUCAUCCAGGACGACGAGGUCAUCGCCAUCUUAGGUAAAGGCGACGUGUUUGGAGACGUCUUCUGGAAGGAAACCAACCUGGCCCACGCGUGCGCUAACGUCCGAGCGCUAACGUACUGCGACCUCCACGUCAUCAGGAGGGAAGCCUUGCUCAAAGUGCUGGAGUUUUACACCGCCUUCGCAAACUCCUUCUCCCGCAACCUCAUCCUCACCUGCAACCUGCGCAAGAGGAUAAUUUUCCGCAAAAUCAGUGACGUGAAGAAGGAGGAAGAAGAGAGGCAGCGGGCGAAGAACGAGGUGCAGCUCACCAUCCCGCAGGACCACCCAGUCCGGAAGCUGUUCCAGAAGUUCAAGCAGCAGAAGGAGCUGCGCAGCCAGGGGGCGACGGCCACCUCACAGCUGGACGUGGAGAAGAACCAGCUGCAGGUGGAGCAGCACCAGCAGCACCUGCACCCCCACAGCCUGCAGCUGGGCCACUCCAGCCUGCAGCACUCCCUGCCGCUCAGCCUGCAGCGCCCCCCCUCCUCCCUGCAGAACGGCGCUCCGCUCAGCAGCAGCGUGCUGACGGUGUCUCAGGUCACGCCCAUGCACAGCUCGCUGGUGUACGGCGAUCCCCCCGUAAAGCAGAACAACUGUGACAUCAUGGAGCUGAAGCCCAGUGCCGGGGGGGCUGCAGGGGAGCAGACUGUCAGGGUGAAAGUCAGCACCAGCCCCGCGCUGACCAAACCCGUGGUGAAAGCCAGCGCGUGGAUGCGUCUGAGAAGCAACGCUGCGCCAGUGGAGCCCAGGAAGGAGGGGCUUAACAACAAGGCUGUUUCCGUGGAGAUGCUCUCUCAGGAGGGCAAAGGUCAGGAGGCAGGAGGCGGCGGGGGUGUAGAGGAGGGCGGGGUGUCCAGCAACAAUCCGCUCCGAAAGACAGACUCAUGCGACAGCGGUAUUACGAAAAGUGAGCUGCGGAUAGACAGGGCGGGGGAGGCACGGACCCCCGCUGCCAUCUCCCCGCUCCUCCACAGCCCUCUGCCCGGGGGGGCGGGGUCCCCUCACCCUUUCUGCCCCAUCCCGGAGCAGGCCCUGCAGGCGGCGCUGCACGAGACGCGGCUGGAGCUCCGGGAGGACAUCCAGAUUCUGGGGGGCCGGCUGGGCGCUCUGGAGGGUCAGGUGGCCGAGAUCAUCAAACUGCUGUCGGACAAGAAGAGACCGACCCCCGAGAGGCCGUCGGCACACAACACACCCAAAACCAAAAUACAACGUCAGGACAUUUUCACCGUUUCUAGGCCUGUUUCUCCGGACUCAGAGAAGGACGAGGGGCUCUGAAGGGGGCUCACCCAGUGGUGUACCGGAGCCAACACUGAUCACAUGGCACAUUGUUCUACUAUGAUCACGUUUAUCCAUUUUUGGGCAUCAGUUACGCCACUGGUCGUAAUCCUCCGAGGUUAAAGUUUCUAACAUUUGCACACUAACUUUUAUCUCCGGGUCGAGUGAGAGUCCUCUCUCCGUACUGACCUGGGUCCCGUUUUUGUGAUUGUACAUACCUCUUAAUGCAUGUCCAGCUGGAUUCUGGUCUGCCAAAUAAACAACUACUGAUCGUACUUACUAUACGCCUGUAUAUUAUGCAGUUGACUGCAUGCAAAUCUAAUUUAAACAGACAUUUUAUUGAGCUGCACUGUACAUAUGAAUUUUUUUCAUUGAUAAUUGACUAUGUGGACAUUCAGGGUUGCAUACAGGUAGCACUAUAGACAUUGAGUAAGAAAGGGGUUUACUGGCAGAGGGAUUGUGCAUGGAUUAUUUAUAAAUAGAGGAAUCGAAAUGGGAUGUUUUUUUUUUCUUUGCCUGUGAGAUGAUUCUGCUUUUGCCUCACCCUCCUAAGAACACAAAUGUGAUGAUGAGCAACACUUAAGUGGAAUUUUCUGGUAUGUUUUAUAUUAUCAAAUUUGCUUAUUAUAAUAACUGAUUUUCUAUUUUUGAUUACAAAAAUGUCCUUGGCCUCAGUUUGAUAUCGGGGGAACCCUUAAAUGGAUAUUUUGUUAGGAUCCUCCUCGUGUCUAUGCAUCGCUCGGGUACGCCGAGAGAAUAUUAUACCUUAAGUUAUCAUGUCUGUGAAUGAAGGAUGUUUCCUCCUCUUUUAUUGGUCCAUUCCUCUGCAUGAUUCAGGGAUGGCAGAAUGCACUUUGGGUAAGGUUUGGUCGACGAUGAAGGCUUAGGGGAAAUAAACCAAUUUAGUUCACAUUAAAGAUCACUCACAGCACCGAGACAUGUAAUCCCUCAGCCCCUGCACCACACACGGCAGUCUUAACCAGCGAGCGUCGCUCUGAAGCCCCGCUCUGAAGCCCCGCUCUGAAGCCCCGCUCUGAAGCCCCGCUCUGAAUUCCAUUAGCAGCUUCGCCGCAAA